AUGCCAGGUUACCAUCUGGUCGGUUCAUGUAAUGGGUUGCACUGUGGGGUUAGCGAAAUACUAGAAGGAUACCGUGUUUGUUUCUGGAACAAGGCGACAAGGGUGAUAUCCAGAGAAUCGCCAACGCUGUCUUUUUCCCCGGGCAUUGGUCGUAGAACAAUGUUUGGGUUUGGCUAUGAUCCGUCAAGUGACAAAUACAAGGUUGUAGCAAUUGCAUUGACUAUGCUCUCACUUGACGUAUCUGAAAAGACUGAGAUGAAAGUUCAUGGCGCGGGUGACACUAGUUGGAGAAACCUUAAAGGUUUUCCUGUUCUUUGGACUUUACCUAAAGUUGGUGGAGUGUAUCUGAGUGGAACCCUUAAUUGGGUUUUUAUUAAGGGAAAAGAAACCAUUCAUUCUGAAAUCGUAAUUAUUUCUAUUGACCUGGAGAAGGAGACUUGCAGAUCACUGUUUCUUCCCGACGAUUUUUGCUUUGUUGAUACAAAUAUUGGAGUUUUUAGAGACUCGUUGUGCGUUUGGCAAGAUAGCAACACCCAUCUUGGCUUGUGGCAGAUGAGGAAGUUUGGAGAUGACAAGUCUUGGAUUCAAUUAAUAAAUUUUAGUUAUUUACAUCUUAAUAUUCGUCCUUAUGAAGAAAAAUCCAUGAUUUUACCACUGUGCAUGUCUAACAAUGGAGACUUCUUCAUGCUGAAAUUCACUAGAAAUGCUGAUGAUGAAUACCAAACAAUUCUGUAUAACCAGGGGGAUGGUACGGAGACAGGAAGAAUGGGAAUAGAAGAGAAGACUACCAAGUUGAAAGGAAGUGAGAAGGCUCUAGUUGCACGGCAUGAAGCUAGUCAUGCUGUAGUAGGUACUGCAGUAGCAAACCUUCUUGCUGGACAGCCACAUGUUGAGGCUCUGGUUAUCAGACUCCUGGUUUAA